GCUUCGGGGAUCGUUGACGCAGAGAGGCUGGGAGACCGGGGAGCAGCGGGCUCCAAGCAGGGCAUGGAUCUGCAGAGACCCGACUCCUACCAGAGAGGAGCUGGCCCUGACUUCAGUGAGCACGUCCUGCAUAAGACCAUCCUGGUGGGCGACAGUGGCGUGGGGAAGACAUCCCUGCUGGUUCAGUUUGACCAGGGCAAGUUCAUCCCGGGCUCCUUCUCGGCCACCGUGGGCAUUGGAUUCACGAACAAGGUGGUGACCGUGGAUGGUGUCAGGGUGAAGCUGCAGAUCUGGGACACCGCAGGACAGGAGCGAUUCCGCAGCGUCACCCAUGCUUAUUACCGAGACGCCCAGGCCUUGCUCCUGCUGUAUGACAUCACCAACAAAUCUUCCUUUGACAACAUCCGGGCCUGGCUCUCUGAGAUCCAUGAGUAUGCCCAGAGGGAUGUGGUGAUCAUGUUGCUGGGCAACAAGGCGGAUGUGAACAGUGAAAGGGCGAUCCGUUCAGAGGAUGGAGAAACACUGGCCAGGGAGUAUGGAGUUCCCUUCAUGGAGACCAGCGCCAAGACGGGCAUGAAUGUGGAGUUAGCCUUUCUGGCCAUUGCCAAGGAGCUGAAGCACCGGGCCGGGCGGCAGGCUGAUGAGCCCAGCUUCCAGAUCCGGGACUACGUGGAGUCCCAGAAGAAACGGCCCAGCUGCUGCUCCUUCGUGUGAAUCCCAAGGGCUGGGAAGAGGCUCCAGAGGCCCAGGAGAAUCAACCAACUCCCCAGACCCGGUGUAUUCCUGAGCGGCUGAGCCAGGGGAGAAAACCGAGGGACCCAGUGCCCAGCCCCUAGCCCAGAGGGAGCUGUACCCCGCUCCUUCUCUAGUUACUGUAGCUUCCCUGCAUCCUAGGGGAGGGUAAAAUAUUUAUGUUUCACUUUAAUGAUAUAUUAUUUAAUACAAAAAACGUUCCCCAGGGUGCCUAGAAGACCGAGGUAGUGACAGUGCAGGACUAGGACUUCUUAGGCAAUCUGGGCUGCCUCCAGGCCACGACAAGGGUGGCAUUGCUCCAACCCAGCACCAGGGGGCACUGAUGCACUUCUGCCCAGAACCCUGGGGUACAAGGGCAGGUAGGGACCUGUUACCACCCUCUGUUCAGCUGGAGAAGUGCUGAGCAAACCCCAGCUUUCACAUCCUCUAGCUCCCUAGGGAAUAAUUUCCCCCAAUUAGAUGUGCAAGGAGCUAGACCAAAGCCUCAGGGAAGCUAAGAGAAGUGGAGAUUGGGAAGGGGCUGAGCUCUCCAGAGGGGGAGAAAGGAGUAGCAGGGACUAGGGUCUGUCUGGCUACCUUCUGGCCUUACUGAAACCCCCCUCCCAGAGGCAGGCCCCUUUCCCUCCUGGAUAGAAGCACAUUGGGGCACUCAGAUCCCAGAUCUUAUCUACCAAAUCCCUGGUCUUAUCUACCCAAAAUCCCUCCCUGAAUCCCAGGUCUCAUCUAUCCAAAUCCCUCCCCAAUCGCCCUGGUCUUAUCUACCUUUCUACCUAUGCCCCUAGACAUAGGUAGAACUAGGGAAAGGUUUUUCUUCUUAUCCCAAAGCCUUGGCAGGCAUGCAGCUGUGCAGAUGCUUCUUCAAGCAGCUGUAGUACUUCUGCUGGAUUAAGAGCCAGAUAAAGAGAAACCCAUGGCUCCUGCAGCAGGUGGGAGACAAAACCAAAUGAACCUCUCCCCAUAUGUAGCCCCCCAAACCCAAGCUCUGCCUCUUCCCUGACCACCCAAGGCCCUUUUCUUAACUUCUCGGACAGACCCUAGGGUCAAAUAAACUGCUUUAU